AUGUCAGAUGAAAUUGAUAUAGAAGAACAUGAUAUCAUGAAUGAUCCCUCCAUCAAGAGCAUAUUUCCAGACCUAUCUGUGAUAAAAAAAGAAAUAAAUGAGUAUUAUGAAGGAGGAAGUAAUGUACCUGAAGACACUCAAUUAGAAAAAACCGUUAUAAAAGAAGAGUUGGAUACUUCACAUAGUAAAAACACUAAUGUACCAGAUGUUGCAAACACUUCACAAUGUGUAGAAACUCAACAAGAAAAAGUUGUAAUUAAAAAGGAGUUAGAUGCUAUACAUAGUGCCAGCAACAAUGAACUAGAUGUUGCAAACACUUCACAAGACAUAGGUCUAGAUAAUCAACAAGAAAAAGUUGUAAUUAAGAAGGAAUUAGUAGAUGGUACACAUAGUGCAAGCAAUAAUGAACCAGAUAUUACAAACAAUUCACAAGAUAUAAAAGCAGAAACAGAAAGUGAUACAGCCAUAAAGUACAUUCAUGAAAAUAUUAUCGUUCUUGGAUCAAAACCUUCCACAAAAUAUGACAACACAGAUAAUAAAAGUAUAGACAAAGAAGCAAAGAUACAAUUAAAGAGGAUAGAUAACUUUUUGGAAUCAUGUAAAAGGUAUUGUGAGAAAUGCCUAAUAGUGUUUCCAAAACCGAAUUUAUUUAACCUCCACAAGAUUAAUAAACAUAAAAAACAAGACCGGUCAUUGAGAGCUCAAAGACAGCACCUUAAUACAACACCUAAACCUACAGAAACUAAAGAUAAUCCCAACAAAAUUCUUGUGGGCCAACUCCCUCAGGAGGACUCCACUGAGCUCUCUUGUUUUCAUUGUAAACAACUAUUUCCAAAUAAAUCAUGCCUGAUUGAACAUCUUUAUAAAGUUUUGGAACCCAAUGAAAUUAAGACUAAUAACGCUUCAACACCUUCAACCACUAAUGACGACAAUAAUGAUGAGGAAUGUGCCGAUGAGUCUGUAAAUAAUUCAAAAAAAUCAAAUGCCAAACAACCUAGCACUGUCCAAGUAAAAAACAAUCAUACUACAAACAAAAACGACAAGAGAAGAUUGCCGCAAAAAAUACUUAGAAAAAGAAAAUUAGUAAAUAAGAAUAAUACGAAUGAGCAUGUUCCAAAGAAAAAAUGUAUUAGAGAUGAUAGAAUAGUAUAUGAUGAUAGUGAUGAAGGCGGUAAAAAAGAAGAAGAAUUAUUAUAUAGGUGUUUCAUAUGUUCCAAAUACAAUAUAACUUACAAACACUAUUCACGGCAUGUGAUAACAGACCACAACAUACAGCCACCAACAAAUGUAAAAAAAGUUCCAUUCGAUCCAAAGUGCACCUUUUGUUCAUCGAAACUGGCAAACAUGAAGUAUUAUAACAUACAUUUAUAUAGGUCUCAUAGACAGCAACAAAAGGGUGUCAACUUUCGACCUGAUAGAAAUAUAGUUCAAAAAAAUAGUUAUCAGUUUGCAUUAAAAAGUGUACUGUUCAAAUGUAUGAAAUGCGAAUUAUGUUUCCUAACAUCAGAUGCGGCGAUAAACCACUCAAAGCAUAAAUUAAACAAUACUAAAAAGUGUUCAAAAUGCCACAGACUAUUUAACAGUGAAGAUAUGGCAAUCCAUAAGAACCAACAUUCACAAUCGAAAACUUUCACUGUCCAUACACUUCCAGAAUCAGCUUCUAAUUCAGUAUUGUACAAGUGUUCUGAAUGCGCUGUACAUUACAGUGAAGAAAUGUUUUUGAAACACAAUUCUAAAUGCCAUUCUGAAACACCAAAUUCGUCACACUGCAAAAUUUGUGACAUUCUAAUAAAUAGCGAUGACAUGCAAGCUCAUAAUUUGAAUCACAAAAAGCACAAAAUGUUAUAUGCCGAUUUUAUAAUAAUUGAAUCUGAGAUUAUGGAUAAUAAGGAUACAAAAGUUGAUAAGGCUACUAAAAAAUUGAAAAUCCUGUUUUGUAAGACUUGCGAUUGUUUUAUGGUUAAAAAUAGUAUUGUACAUUGCCAAGGAAAAUGUAGCCAUAUAAGUAAAACUAUAUGCAAAGAUUGUGGACUUGUAAUGUCCAUUAAAGCUCACUUAAUACACAGAGAGACUCACAAAAAGAAAUAUGUUAGUCUGUUUGAUUAUACAUUUAUCGACAUUAAAUCCAAGAAACAAAUUAUUCCACCAAUACCUGUGUAUCCUAAAUGCAACAUUUGUGGUGUACACUUUUUGAGAAAAUCCGCUAUAAGAUCACAUACAUGCGAAGAACAAGACUACAUAUCUUGCAGCAUCUGUUCAAUAAAAUUAACAGAGCAUGCUUAUAAGUUGCAUAUUCCAUUUCAUAGCUAUUCUAAACCAAAUACCAUUCGUAAUCUGGAAGACGCCGUGAGUUUGUGA